CUCAUUACCAUCCUUGUUCUUUCAGUCUGCUGAUUUGGACAUUACCUUGUCUUCAUUCUUUGGCCCAAAGAUUCACAAUUUCGAAUACUUUAUUUCUACGAUUACAUAACCACCGCUAUUUAAGAUUAACUACUUAAUUUAUUAAUUAGACUAGGACAUAAUUGCUUGCAAGACGAAUAGUCAUGCCUACCUUUCUUUUUUUUUUGAUGAGAUAGUCAUGCCUGCUUAAUAACCUUAAAACUAUAACCUAUAGGGUCGCUAAAAAGCCUUACCAAUUGUUUUUCUUUUCUUUUCUUUUCUUCUCACAAACCCAAAAAUGGGAGAUCUUCAUGUUCGAAACCCCCUUACACAGCCAAGUCCCCCACCACCACUACUGCAACCAAAAUCGAACAUGCCCAUGUUAUAUUAUGGUCUUGUGGUUAUUGGGACCGCAGCUCUUGUGUUAGCACUAUACAACCUUAUCAUCAUCAAGUGGUGCACACAGCGCAAUAGCCAGAGACAACAGAGACCAAACCCUUUCUUAGAAAUCUCAACAAGUAAUCAUGAGGGCUAUGAAAACAACUUGAACAGGAACUUGUUGUUGUUGUCUAGUUUCAAGUACAAGAAAGAAAGUGGAUUGGCACAAGAUCAACAAGGUGGUGGUGGUGGUGGUGAUGUUGUUGACUAUGAAUGUGCGGUUUGCUUGUCGGUUUUUGAGGAAGGCGAAGAAGUGAGGAAACUGCCACGGUGCAAGCACUCCUUUCAUGCUUUGUGCAUAGAUAUGUGGCUCUACUCUCACUCCGACUGUCCUCUUUGUAGGGCACCCGUGGGUUUAAGGUGUCAACGACAUGUCGUGUAUACACAGCAAGCCAGUUCUCGAGGUUUGGUGGAUUCAAACACCACCGUUUGAUUUUGAUUUUAAUUUAUUUCUUCUUAUAAAUUUCUUUGUCCAUGUUUGUUGAUUGGGAUGGGAAAUUUGAUAGCCUUGAGUGUAUGGUGGGGGGUUGGUGUCUGUGGGCCUAUUAGGAAGAUAAGAAUGUAAUAUCUAGGAAGCAAAUUGCACUAAUGGGAUAUAAGAUGUUUUGUAUCAUUUAUGCCUGGAUUAAGUUAGAUGAACCAACCGUGGAGGUCCACUAUGUACAUAUCACUCAUAAUUUUUUGUGCAAAGAUCUUAGUUCCAAUUA